AUGACUGGUGACUGUAAAUCAGAAGUUAAGGAGCUAGAUGCUUGGAUUGAACAGCUUUAUAAUUGUCAGCAAUUAUCUGAGGCUCAUGUUAAGUCGCUAUGUGACAAAGCUAAAGAAAUUUUGACAAAAGAAUCAAAUGUACAAACUGUUCGCAGUCCGGUUACAGUCUGUGGUGAUGUCCACGGCCAAUUCCACGAUAUGAUGGAACUGUUCCGGAUUGGGGGUAAAGCUCCAGAUACAAACUACCUUUUUAUGGGCGAUUAUGUCGAUCGAGGAUACUGUUCAGUUGAGACCGUGACUCUCUUGGUCGCCUUGAAGGUACGAUUUCGUGACCGUAUUACCGUUCUUCGGGGAAAUCAUGAAAGUAGACAGAUUACACAAGUAUAUGGAUUUUAUGACGAAUGUCUCCGUAAAUAUGGAAAUUCGAAUGUUUGGAAAUACUUCACUGAUCUCUUUGAUUAUCUUCCUCUUACUGCAUUGGUUGACAACUCAAUCUUUUGUUUACAUGGUGGUCUAUCGCCUUCAAUUGAUACUCUGGAUCAUAUUCGAGCCCUCGAUCGUAUUCAAGAAGUUCCCCACGAGGGUCCAAUGUGCGACUUGUUGUGGUCAGAUCCCGAUGACAGAGGCGGCUGGGGUAUCAGCCCAAGAGGUGCCGGUUACACAUUCGGGCAGGACAUUUCUGAGCAGUUCAAUCACAGUAAUGAUCUCUCCUUAAUCAGUCGAGCCCAUCAACUUGUUAUGGAAGGCUUUAAUUGGUGCCAUGAACGCAAUGUCGUCACCAUCUUCUCUGCACCCAAUUACUGCUAUCGCUGCGGUAACCAAGCCGCUAUCAUGGAACUUGAUGACAAUCUCAAGUACACUUUCCUUCAAUUCGACCCAGCCCCACGACGUGGAGAGCCGCACGUAUCCCGUCGCACACCGGACUACUUCCUCUGA